GAGCCGCGUGGAGGGGCGGCGGCGGCCGGGCGAGGCUGUGCGCGCGUUGGGGCGCCGUUGAGGCCGUUGAGGGGCGCGGAGGGGCGAAGUCCGCUCUGCGCGCGGAGGACGAGGCCGGCCGGCGGCGCUGAAGGACGAGGACGCUGGGGACCCGCCCGCCGCUCCAUCCCCGACGGGGCCUGACGUGCACACUGAGCCCUGCUUUGGCAGCCGCCUGCUUCGUAGAGCGAGAAGAUGACGGGGCGGGCCCGCGCCAGGGCUCGAGGACGGGCCCGCGGCCAGGACACGGUGCAGCGCAUCGGGGCGACCCUGAGUCCGCAGCCUGGGUACCCCCAGCCAAGAACACCGCAGCCCCUGGCAGAGGGGGACCUGGUCGGCCGAGGGCGGCAGAGAGGAGCAGCAGGGGCCACAGCCAAGUCACAAGAACUCCAGAUAUCUGCUGGGUUUCAGGAGUUGUCGCUGGCAGAGAGAGGAGGGCGCCGUAGGGACUUUCACGACCUUGGUGUGAACACUAGACAGAACCUAGACCAUGUCAAAGAGUCCAAAACAGGCUCGUCCGGCAUCAUCGUGAGGCUGAGCACCAACCACUUCCGGCUGACCUCCCGCCCGCAGUGGGCCCUGUACCAGUACCACGUGGACUACAACCCGCUGAUGGAAGCCCGGCGCCUCCGCUCUGCCCUGCUCUUCCAGCAUGAAGAUCUCAUUGGAAGGUGUCACGCUUUUGAUGGAACGAUAUUAUUUUUACCUAAACGGCUGCAGCACAAGGUCACCGAAGUGUUCAGCCAGACCCGGAACGGGGAGCGUGUGAGGAUAACCAUCACGUUGACCAACGAGCUCCCGCCCACAUCGCCCACCUGCCUGCAGUUCUACAACAUCAUCUUCAGGAGGCUGCUAAAAAUCAUGAAUUUGCAACAGAUUGGACGGAAUUACUACAACCCGCAUGACCCAAUCGACAUCCCAAACCACAGGUUGGUGAUCUGGCCUGGCUUCACCACCUCCAUCCUGCAGUACGAGAACAACAUCAUGCUGUGCACGGACGUCAGCCACAAGGUCCUGCGCAGCGAGACCGUGCUGGACUUCAUGUUCAACCUGUAUCACCAGACCGAGGAGCACAAGUUCCAGGAGCAAGUGUCCAAGGAGCUGAUAGGCCUGAUCGUCCUCACCAAGUACAACAAUAAGACGUACCGAGUGGAUGACAUCGACUGGGACCAGAAUCCCAAGAGCACCUUUAAGAAGGCCGACGGCUCGGAGGUCAGCUUCCUGGAGUACUACCGCAAGCAGUACAACCAGGAGAUCACAGACCUAAAGCAGCCGGUCCUGGUGAGCCAGCCUAAGAGGAGGCGCGGCCCCGGGGGCACCAUGCCUGGGCCCGCCAUGCUCAUCCCCGAGCUCUGCUACCUCACCGGCCUGACUGACAAGAUGCGGAAUGACUUCAAUGUGAUGAAGGAGCUGGCGGUGCACACGCGGCUCACCCCUGAGCAGCGGCAGCGAGAAGUGGGCCGCCUCAUCGACUACAUCCACAAAGACGACAACGUGCAGAGAGAGCUGCGGGACUGGGGCUUGAGCUUCGACUCCAACCUGCUGUCCUUCUCGGGGAGAAUCCUGCAGGCAGAAAAGAUUCACCAGGGCGGAAAAACCUUCGACUACAACCCGCAGUUCGCAGACUGGUCGAAGGAGACGCGGGGCGCCCCGCUGAUCAGCGUGAAGCCGCUGGAUAACUGGCUGCUGAUCUACACGCGUAAGAACUACGAGGCGGCCAACUCGCUGAUCCAGAAUCUGUUCAAGGUGACGCCGGCCAUGGGCAUCCAGAUGAAGAAGGCCAUCAUGAUUGAGGUGGACGACAGGACAGAAGCCUACCUCCGCGUCCUGCAGCAGAAGGUCACCUCGGACACCCAGAUUGUCGUCUGCCUGCUGUCCAGUAACCGGAAGGACAAGUACGAUGCCAUCAAGAAGUACCUGUGCACGGACUGCCCCACGCCGAGCCAGUGCGUGGUGGCCCGCACGCUGGGCAAGCAGCAGACCAUCAUGGCCAUCGCCACCAAGAUCGCCCUGCAGAUGAACUGCAAGAUGGGCGGCGAGCUCUGGAGGGUGGACAUGCCUCUGAAGCUGGCCAUGAUCGUGGGCAUCGACUGCUACCACGACACCACCGCCGGCCGGAGAUCCAUCGCGGGCUUCGUGGCCAGCAUCAAUGAGGGGAUGACCCGCUGGUUCUCGCGCUGCGUCUUCCAAGACCGAGGCCAGGAGCUGGUGGACGGGCUCAAGGUGUGCCUGCAAGCGGCGCUGCGGGCCUGGAACAGCUGCAACGAGUACAUGCCGAGCCGCAUCAUCGUGUACCGCGACGGCGUGGGCGAUGGCCAGCUCAAGACGCUGGUGAACUACGAGGUGCCCCAGUUCCUGGACUGCCUCAAGUCCCUGGGCAGAGGCUACCACCCGAGACUGACGGUGAUCGUGGUGAAGAAGCGUGUGAACGCCAGGUUUUUUGCACAGUCGGGAGGAAAACUUCAGAACCCGCUGCCUGGGACUGUCAUCGACGUGGAGGUCACCAGGCCCGAAUGGUACGACUUCUUCAUCGUGAGCCAGGCAGUGCGGAGCGGCAGCGUGUCCCCCACACACUACAACGUCAUCUACGACAGCAGCGGCCUGAAGCCGGACCACAUCCAGCGGCUGACCUACAAGCUCUGCCACAUCUACUACAACUGGCCGGGCAUCAUCCGCGUGCCCGCACCGUGCCAGUACGCGCACAAGCUGGCCUUCCUGGUGGGCCAGAGCAUCCACCGGGAGCCCAACCUGUCCCUGUCCAACCGCCUCUACUACCUCUGACCGCGCCCGCCACCCGAGCCCAGCCGCCAGCCGAGGUCCUAGGGCUCCGCUGCCACCUCGCUGCCGGCUCGGGUGAACCCCGGGCACAGCCUGGCAGAUGUAGAGUUUGUUCCUUUGUUACUAUUUAAUUUGGCUUCUUCUUUGUAGGUAAAGUUAGGACUUAGAUUGUAUCUUGCUGGUUUGCCUAAGUGCUGCGGCCUGUUUGUUUGGAAACUGGCUGAUGCACUCUGUAUUGUUAACAGACUUCCGUAAGCUGGCCAGAGCUAGGCGCGGUGGCGCACGCCUGUAAUCCCAGCGCCGAGGGAAGCUGAGGCAGGAGGAUCGCAAGUUCAAGUCCUGCCUGGGCAACCUAGCGAGACCCUGUCUCAGAACGCAUUUUAAAGGGCUAGAGAUGUAGCUCAGUGGUAGAGCACCCCUAGGUUUUAUCCCCAGUUUGAAGAAGAAAAGUUAAGUGUUCGUACAUUUACUUGAAAGCACUUACAGGACUGAGCGGGUCCCGUUUGGAAACCGUAUUAACUUUAACCUUGACCAGUUUAUUUCGCAUUAGAAGGGGGAGCUGGGGAUACAGCUCCCAGGCCUCCGCACCCUGCACCCCGCACCCCGCACCCGGGGGACGCCCCGCCCCACGCAGACCCCGCCUAGGCUGGGAGCCGCGGCUUCUGCUGCUGCCCCAGACUCGGGCCGGACCAGCCACCGUCCGUGCGGCCUGUGGCUGCCCCGGGAGCUGUGCGUGGCCCCGCAGCCGCCUGGCCGAGGCAGCAGAGCGCCCACCCUGGGAGAUGCGACCUCAGGGAAAUGUGCCGCCUCGGUGGCGGCCGUUUGUGUGCAGGACGCUUCUGUAUUUCUGAGAUUAAUCUUUGGUCAGUUGUGUAUUUUGCAGAUGCCCGCUUCCAGUUUGGCUUCUUGGGUUCUUUUUUAAGCGAUCACUUAAUAAAUAGAAGGCCCCUUUUA